UCUCUCUCAUUUGUCCACUCCACCAAGAAAACUUCCUACUUCUUCUGCAAGCCUCUUCUCUGCUUCGUCUCCAAGUAAUUGUUUCCGUACAGCCAUGGAGGUCGACGAGAUUCAUGAAGUGGAUGAGAUCAUGGCCGUUGAAGACGGCUGCGCUACUCCGAAAAGAGACGAGUGUCGGAUUCGGGAGAUGUCGGCGCCGCCGCCGCCGCCGAGGAAGAAGCCUUUUGUGGCCGGAAAGAAGCGGGACCGGCCGAAGAACGGGUAUUUUCACCCGCCGGAUCUCGAGGCCUUCUUCGCCAUGGCUCCUAGACCCGCAUGCAAGCUUGUCCACGCGUGAACACUUUGAAAUAUGUGUUAGUUUAGAAUAUGGGUAGUUUUAUUUUUAUUUUUUUUUAAGGAGAUUCGGAACGUUGCUAGUUGACUUUCGAGACGUUUAGUUGAGGAUUAGAAUUAUAAAAUUAGAAUAAUUUUUUAUUUAUGUGUAUUUUUUUUUAAAAAAAUAUUGUAAUUAAUUAUAAAUUAUGAUUUAAAUUAGGGUACGAAUCUCCUAACUAAAUAACUCAUUGAUUUUUUUUUUGUUGGGUCAA